AUGAUAGAAACAUUAAACACGUAUGUAGAGGAAUACGAUGUACAUUUCAAAUUGAUGCAGGGUGGUCGUGUAGGUGUUUCUAUACACAUGCAACAACAGUUUAUAUAUAGAUACCAAGACAAUGAUGAUAUUAGGGAAAUAUUGUACGAUAUUAAAAAUGAUAACGAUAUUUCAUUUGAACUAACAAAGCAACUAAAAUAUAUGUUGGGUCUUGGUUCUUGGGUAUUACACCCUACAGUUGAGAAAUAUGCUUUACAAACCCCGACCGGAUACACACAGUUGCAAGUUCUAAUGGCAUUUGUAUAUAUGCUAUACAGCAGCUCCGGCUUACCCUACGACCCCGCCAUGACCACUUUUUAUGGCAAAUGGGUGCCGGAUAUGACAAAUGGAAUAACGCGUAUUUUUAUUUACUGUGACGAAGUUAACCAUUCAGUUGUGGGUGAUACAAAAUCACAGUUAUUAGGAACAUUAAACAUUCAAUGGGGUGAAAUGGGUAGUGGAAAGAUAUUUACACACACAAUGCCUCCUAUAACACGUGACCUAAUUAAAUCCAAAAUCGCACAGCUGCAUAUAAAACUAUGUGAUAUAGAAAAUAACCUAAUUCAAUUUAGUGCAGGCACUGUAGGCAUAGAGUGUGUGGUGGAGUAA